GUUUAGUGAAAAAGAACAACAGCCUACGUGCAAUGGCACUGACUAAGCAAAAAAUGGUUUAAAAUUUCAUCAUGUAGGGUUCAAGAAUCAAGAUACCAGGAAAUUGUGCAAAACUUUUUUUUGAUAUAAAAAAAGCAAGAAUUAUAGAGGUAAUUACUAUGAAAGUUGUCAAGACCAUAUUGCUAUUGGGGCUUGUUCUUGUUGCAGUUAGUCCAAUUGUGAAGGCCAACAUUGGUGAAUUUGAUGAGGUGUGGCAAAAGCGAGCUGAAGAAGCAAAGAAGGCUGCCCUGCGAGCCUAUGAGCCCAAUCCUGAGAAAGUAACCGAUCAUCUCAACAAGGAAACUGGCAAGGCCUUGAAAGGUUCCAAUAGCACAAGGAGAAACCUAGGCAGAUACCGUGGUCCGUGCCUAGCCACAAACCCUAUUGACAGAUGCUGGAGAUGUGAUCCCCACUGGGCUGAAAAUCGCAAGAAGCUAGCUACCUGUGUCCUGGGAUUCGGCCGCAGGACCACCGGGGGCAAGGAUGGUAGAUUCUAUGUAGUCACGGAUCCAUCAGAUAAUGAUAUGAUAAACCCUAAACCUGGAACCCUACGUCAUGCUGUCAUCCAGAAGGAACCUCUUUGGAUCAUAUUUGCCCAUGACAUGGUGAUUAGACUAAAUGAAGAGCUGAUUAUGACUAGUAACAAGACCAUUGACGGCCGCGGGGCUAAUGUGCAUUUCUUCCGUGGUGCUCAAAUCACUCUGCAGUACAUCCAAAAUGUCAUCAUCCAUGGCAUACACAUUCGUCUGUCGGUGGAAGCCAAUGGCGGCAUGAUACGAGACUCGGUGGAUCAUUUUGGUUUUCGUACCAAGAGCGACGGUGAUGGGAUCUCAAUUUUUGGAUCCCACAAUAUUUGGAUUGAUCACGUCUCUAUGUCUACAUGCUCUGAUGGAUUAAUUGAUGUUAUUCAGGCAUCCACGGCCAUAACCAUCUCCAAUUGCCACUUCACUCAUCAUAACGAAGUGUUGCUGUUUGGAGCAAGUGAUAGCUUCUCAGAUGAUAAAAUCAUGCAAGUGACGGUUGCUUUCAACCAUUUUGGCCGAGGAUUGGUGCAAAGGAUGCCAAGGUGCCGAUGGGGAUUCAUCCAUGUCGUCAACAACGAUUACACCCACUGGCUUAUGUAUGCCAUUGGCGGUAGCAAGCAACCUACCAUCCUUAGCCAGGGCAACAGAUUCAUUGCUCCCCCCAACAUCGCCUGCAAGGAGGUUACCAAGAGGGAGUAUGCGCCAGAGAGUGAAUGGAAGUCAUGGAACUGGAGGUCUGAGAAUGAUCUUAUGAUGAAUGGGGCAUUCUUCGUUCAAUCUGGGAGCCCAAUCAGCAGGGGCAACAGGCAAGAUGUGAUCAAGGCAAAGCCUGGGACAUUUGUAACCAGGCUCACACGCUUUUCAGGCGCUCUCGACUGCUUCAAAAACAAGCCAUGUUAAUCGGCGUUGUACACCAUAAACUGAACCAACCACAAGCUGCAGCUAGUAAAUGACGGAGAGGAAUAAUAUGGCCUCACCAAUCUAGUUUUCUACUUUAGGGCUAUUUCCAUGGCACAAGACCCUUGAUGGAAUUGCAUAUACUCUGUAUAUAUAUAGUAAUUUUUUACCAAUUGGUACGUUAAAUUCUUCCCCUUAGUGGAAUUUGCUUCACUCUGUAACAUAUUCUCUUCU